AUGCCUCCUGCUAACUCCUCGGACGACGAAACAAUUGACAGCCCAUUAAACCACAUCAACCUACUCUCCGAAGUGAUCUUGAGGUCAGAAGCCAGAAGUAUCCGAAAUCCCAAUCGGUAUAGCUCUGUUUAUGGGUCGCAGUUGUACGACAUAAACACUAACCCAUUGCCUUCACAGAUAAGAAACAUCUACGACUUGGAAAGUGAUGCAAGCGAAGACGAAUACAUAGACAAUGACAUCGAUAUAGAUGAUGAUAUAUCUGAUUCAGAUAUCAACUUUAUCGACGAUGAGUUGGAGGAACUGGAUCCAGAGCUAAGUAGUAACUUGAGAUCUGACAUUCAGUCCAAUGAGCACCUUUUGCUUUCACUGGCUAGAUUCAAUCCUACAAAUACAAAUACCCUUAUACCUGAUUCGGGGCUACCACUAAGAAGGAGAAACGCUCUUAGGAACCGACCGGGCACUUCCAGAAUGAUACGGUUACCGCCACCCCCUCCUGCUGCUUCAUACCCUGUAGUUGCUGGUGGUGCUGGCGCUGCCCCUUCUCCGUCUGAUCUAACGGUCUCUAACUCUGGAGCUAGAGAUGCUUACAAUGCGAGGUUUGGGACGACAGCCACCACCCGUAGUCUAACCCUGCCACAGCUGCACUACCAGGGUCGCGCAGCUUUCCAGCACCAAUUCAAUCCUACUUCUUCCUUAAGCGGACGCUUCCAUUCUAAGUUGUCCAAUUUCACUGAGGUGAGACAUUACAUGAAAUUAAUGAAAUCAAACAUCAAAGACCUUCGAGGAGAAAAGCUAGGAAUUUCACCACUAUUCUCGCAGAAAUCUCACAAACAUAGUGAUUAUCCGAUAGGCAGUCUAAAUAUUGGAACAAUGGAUGACAUUCUAGAUAAGGUCAAAGAUAAAAGAAGUAGAGAUGCGGUUUCAAUGUCUUCUCCGGCUAAGUCGACCAAAAUUUUUGACUCUCUCUCGAAUCCACUAACUAGCGGCAAUCGAAAGAGAAAGUUAACAGAAGGUGCCCCUAAUACUAAUAAAAAACGGCAAAAAGUUAAUUCAGAAUCCGAUUCCCUUACUCUUGAUAUUCCUUCUCCAGCAAUAGAGUACGGAACGAAAGUAAAUAUUAAUGAGUUACCAUUCAACGAUCUCCAAAAUAUAGUCUCUGGGAAAAUGUUCUCGUCUCACUUUACAAGAGGUUGCCAAUAUUCGCUAUAUGGGAACCGUGAUGCUGAAAACAGAAUGCUGUUAUCUUUGACUGAUGUUAACUAUGAGACGGGAGAGGUAUUUGGACAUUUUGAUGCCAAAUCUAUUGACUUUAUCUUCAAGUUCUUUAUCGGUGGGCCAUCAUCCAGGAAUGCUGGACUUUGGCUCAGAAUCACUCAAUUCAAGAAGUUAUUCAAGAAAUAUAAAGAAUUUCUUGAUGAUUCCGAUAUCAGAAUUCCAAUAACUGGAGAGAUGAUAAAUUUCCAAUCUAACGAUUUAAGAUUUCUAAGCCGAAUUAGAGAAAAAACAGAUGAAAGGGCUACAGGUAGCUCUUCUGGCAGAAAUGUAGUCAAAUCAGAAGCUCAGCAAAGAGCUGCCAUGUCGAGUAGAACGAUGAUUCAAAUAGCAGAAUGGUCCAAAAUAGAGCCCUUCAACCAGCUUCACCGUGCCUAUUUGCACAAAGAUGCAUCCAAGGUGUACAAACUACUAAAAGAGCACCUUAAAGAAGUUUCAAGGAAGACAGAUGAUAAGAACUUUCUGAAUGAUACAGCAGAAUAUAUGCUUUUACACCAGAAUAGAAUGGAAUUACUAAAUAUGGCUCGUACCAUUAACUAUGAGUACAAUACAUGCAAGAUCAACAAAAAGGAUGAGGCAGUACCAGAGCAGCCUCUGGAGCUGCAACUUCAACUGCAGCAGCUGCACCCAAAUCAACUGACGAAAAUACCUCAGAAGAGCCCCGAUUCAGAAAAAGAAAUGGAAAACAAAAAUUUGGAUAGGAAGUAUCCUGAUCUCUGCAGCAAAAGCUGUUUAAAUGAAAAUACGGCUUUACGCUUGGCAAAUUAUAUAACUUGUGAGGAUAAUUGUUUGCUUAAUAUUCAUUUGAAUUACAUAUUGUUCACAGUGACUGUUGAUAUUAAAAGCCUACUUGACAAGCUCCUUCAAGAAAUCAUUUAUAAAGCUUCAGUCAAGGACCAUUACUUAAAGUUUGGGAUUCCGAGUUUGGGCCCCUUGAGAGAUUCUCAAAAGGCAGUACUUGUCUGCUCACUUUGCAGAAAAACUGGAAAGAUUUCUGUUCAUAAUACAAGACCCUUUCUCGAAUAUACCAACAUUUACUAUUUGGGGCUGCCUGGCAGUAGCAGAUCGAGUUAUUUCCCAACUUACUUCAGCAGUUCGUUUUCCUCUGAUAUCUUUGAGCAUGUUUUCUCAGGGAUCAAUCUAGGAACCAACUCUUCCGAUGAAGAUGUCGAUUUCUAUGGUGGUCUCGGGAUUAAAAGAGUAUCAAAGAGAUCAUUUUUCAAGGAUCCAUACCUCCAGAAAAAUAAAGAAACUACUUUAACUGGUGAGUUGGUCAAAAGUAUUGGGUCAACUUAUAAAAUGGCCUAA